GGUUUGAUGUUGACUCACCUCUAUUUAUUCCUUUCCCAUUUCCCCCUCCAUUUCCACAAACAACUUCUUUCAAGGAAUUAAAAUGGCUCUUCUUGGAUUUCUUCUGGGACUUUUCUGCAUGGUGUCACAUGUCAAGGGUUAUGGGGGUUGGACCAAUGCACAUGCCACUUUCUAUGGAGGAGGUGAUGCUUCCGGGACAAUGGGUGGGGCUUGUGGUUAUGGAAAUCUAUAUAGCCAAGGCUAUGGAACUGAUACAACAGCACUGAGCACUGCACUGUUCAACAAUGGCUUGAGCUGUGGUGCAUGCUUUGAAAUCAAGUGUGUGAAUGACCCACAAUGGUGCCUUCCUGGCUCCAUCAUAGUCACUGCCACCAAUUUUUGUCCUCCUGGUGGUUGGUGUGACCCUCCCCAGCACCACUUUGAUCUCUCUCAACCUGUUUUCCAGCACAUUGCUCAAUAUAGGGCUGGGAUUGUGCCUGUAGUUUACAGAAGGGUGAGGUGCAGGAGAAAAGGUGGAAUAAGGUUCACCAUCAAUGGCCACUCUUACUUCAAUUUAGUCCUUGUGACGAAUGUUGGAGGUGCUGGUGAUGUGCAUUCCGUGUCCAUCAAAGGUUCAAGGACUAGAUGGCAAGCCAUGUCAAGAAACUGGGGGCAAAACUGGCAAAGCAACUCAUACCUGAAUGGACAGAGCCUUUCCUUUGUAGUCACUACCAGCAAUGGACACAGUGUGGUCUCAUACAAUGCUGCCCCAGCUAGUUGGUCCUUUGGACAGACCUACACUGGAAGGCAAUUCAACUACUAACCAACCCUUAAUUUAGUAUCAUUUCAAUAAUAAUGUUUAGUAAUAUUAUUGUCUCAAGA